CCUCGCUCCAGGGGUCACGUGGGGCGCGCGCUCUUAAAGGGACAGGCCUGGGAUUGGGGGGGGGGGGGGGGAGGGAAUUUAAGAGGAAAUUGGGAAUGUGGGGAGGGAGCAACGGGCACGCGGCCUAGGGCAGUCUCCUGCUCGCCUCUGCCUUCACACAGCGCCGCGACGCGGGCACGAUGUCAUUGAUUAAGCGAGGUGGCGGCAGGUGCGGUCGCAAGGAAGGUGGGCCCAGGCCGGGGGCUGCUCUCAGGGAGCUCUGGGCCGUGUCAGCCCGCUGGGGUCCGCGCUGGCGCCGCUUCGCACCGCAUGACGUCAUCGUGCGGCUUCGUGGCGUCACGGCGCCCCCCUCAGCCCCCUGCGCGACCCCCCCCCGCCACACCCAACAUGGCGCCCACCACGCUCGGCACGGGGCGUGCGCCACACCCAAGAUGGCGAACGCGCCGACACCGCCCCCCUCCGCGAGGCACUUCCGGCUCGCCGGGAUCACUUCCGGCGGGGCCGGGCUCUCUUCCGGCCAUGGCGCCGAGCGUGGCGGAGCGGCUCCUGGAGCGGCUGGAGCAGGCCGCGCCUCCCGGCGGGCUCUGCAGCAUCGAGGCCGCCGCCCAGCUCGGCGUCGACCACCAGACGCUCGUGGGCGCCGUCAAGAGCCUCCAGGCGCUGGGCGAGGUGAUCGAGGCGGAGGCGCGGACGGCCACGCGAUGGGAGCUGAGCCCCGAGGGCGAGGAGGUGCUGCGGGACGGCAGCCCCGAGGCGCGGCUGUUCCGGAGCCUCCCCGAGGAGGGGCUGCCGCAGGGCGAAGGCCAUGGUGGGUACCGGAGGGGCGGGCGGCACCGGCGGCCUCCGCCGCGCUCCUCACGGCCGCCGUGUGCCCCGCAGAAGCUGCCCGGAGGCUCCUUGGGCUUCAGCAAGGCCAUGGCCAACAAGUGGGUGCGCCUGGAUAAGGGAGCGGCCGGCGGCCCCCGCGUGCUCCGCGCCGUGCCCUCGGUGCAGGACACGGUGCAGCAGCACCUGGGGCAGGUGAGGGCCGGGGGGUCCCUGCCCGAGCGGGAGCGCGCCGAGCUCAAGAGGAGGAAGCUGCUCCUGGAAGUGACCCUCAAGUCCUACUGGAUCCGCAAGGGCAGCGCCUUCAGCACGGCCGUGGCGCGGCCGGAGACGGAGCUGACCCCGGAGAUGAUCGCCACGGGCUCCUGGCGCCAGCUGCCCUUCAAACCCUACAACUUCUCCUCGCUGGGGCUGCCCCCGGCCUGCGGCCACCUGCACCCCCUGCUCAAGGUGCGCUCGGAGCUGCGCCAGAUCUUCCUGGAGAUGGGGUUCACGGAGAUGCCCACGGAUAACUUCGUGGAGAGCUCCUUCUGGAACUUCGACGCGCUCUUCCAGCCGCAGCAGCACCCGGCCCGCGACCAGCACGACACCUUCUUCCUCCAGACCCCCGCCGAAGCCCCCCAGUUGCCCCCUGGCUACUACUCCAAGGUGAAGAAGGUGCACUCGCAGGGAGGCUACGGCUCACAGGGGUACAGGUACGAGUGGAAGGUGGAGGAGGCACGGAAGAACCUGCUGAGGACCCACACCACGUCAGCCAGCGCCCGCGCCCCUGUUCCGGCUGGCACGGCAGGUCUGGGGGCUUGGGGAGGUUCACCCCCCGUGAAAUAUUUCUCCAUCGACCGCGUGUUCCGCAACGAGAGCCUGGACGCGACGCACUUGGCCGAGUUCCACCAGGUCGAGGGGCUCGUGGCCGACCGGGGGCUCACCCUGGGCCACCUCAUGGGCAUCCUCCGGCAGUUCUUCACCAAGCUGGGGAUCUCCCAGCUGCGUUUCAAACCCGCCUACAACCCCUACACGGAGCCCAGCAUGGAUUGUUCAAGCUACCACGAGGGGCUGAAGAAGUGGGUGGAGGUGGGAACUCGGGGGUCUUUCCGCCCCGAGCUGCUGCUGCCCAUGGGGCUCCCCGAGAACGUCUCCGUCAUCGCCUGGGGGCUCUCUCUGGAGCGACCCACCAUGAUCAAAUACGGCAUCAACAACAUCCGGGAGCUCGUGGGGCACCGCGUCAACCUGCAGAUGGUCUACGACAGCCCCAUGUGCCGCCUGGACGUCUGACCCCGGGGGUCCCCUCCUUUUUUGGGGAGGGGUCCCGUCCCCGGGGGUCCCCCACCCCCCCCAAUAAAGCCGCCCGGUGUCCUGCG